AUGAGCCUUACAACAACAUCUCAGCUCGAGGUCUACCUCGCAUCAGUGGGGAUUGACUUCACAUCUGUCGAGCAGUUGCCCGGCGGCACAGGCAAUUUCGUCUGGCGCCUCACGCUACCAUCCGGCGAAGCACGAAUCGUCAAGCACGCCGAGCCAUACGUAAAAGCCAACCCAUCCAUCCCCUUCAGCGUCGACCGCAUGCAAUUCGAAGCCAGCGCCCUAUCGCUGCUACCCCAGACCCUAACCUCCACCCAACUCGACCCCACCGCCCCCAGCCCCACCGUCCGCCUCCCCACCCUCCACCACUCCGACCCAGACGCCCACAUCCUCAUCAUGAGCGACGCCGGCCCCCACAACCUCAAAGCCUGGUACCCGACCGCCGCCGCGUCCACCACCACCAUCCCGCGCGUCGGCGCCGCUCUGGGCGCCUGGCUCGCGCAGCUGCACCGCCGCACGCGCAGCCUGGCGCGGCGCUCGUUCGACAACGCCGCCGCGAGGGGCAUCGGCCGCCACGCCUACGCGAACCUCGCGGCGGCGUUUGCGCGGCACCACGGGCUGGAUCUGGAUCCCGCGUAUGCACGGGCUGUGGACGACGAGUUUGGCGCUCGGCUGCAGGCGGAGGCGGAGGCGGCGGACGGUGUGUGCGUGUGUCAUGGCGAUUUUUGGCCGGGGAAUGUGCUUGUGAGGACGGGGGAGGAGGAGGAUGGGCCGGCGGCGGUUGUGUUGAGUGUUGUUGAUUGGGAGAUGACGCGCAGGGGGACUGGGACGACGGAUGUGGCUCAGUUUGCGGCGGAGGCGUAUUUGCUCGAUCGGUUUUGUGGCGGGAAGGGGCUGCUGGAGGCGUUUCUGGAGGGUUAUGUCCGGGCGGCGAGGGAGGACGGUGGGGUCGGUGGGGCAGCGGGGAAAGAGGCGUUUGUGCAGAGGUUGGUUGUGCAUUUUGGUGUGCAUUUGGCGGUUUGGCCUUCCGUCGUCACGUGGUGUGGGAAGGAAGAGACGGGUGAGCUGGCGAGAUUCGGAAAGCGCUGUAUUGAGGCUGGGUGGGAUUUGAACUGGGCGGCUGUGAGAGAGGGGCCGCUGGCACCAGUGUUGAGUUUACUAGAGUAG